UUGAAGAAUAUUCACGGGCGCUGAUUGGAAAGGUUUUUUUUCACGAUAAAGAAAAUUAUAUUGGAACAAAAACAUUUUCAAAGUUUUAGGCUAUAGUAGCACGUAAGAAUUUUAGCUGUUUUUUCACCUUGGGUAACUCCAUAAGGAUGAACAGCAGUGGUCAGUCAUACCCGUUGGCCUCACUGUACGUAGGGGACCUGCACCCUGAUGUCACAGAGGCCAUGCUCUACCAGAAGUUCUCUCCUGCUGGGCCCAUCAUGUCCAUUCGUGUCUGCCGCGAUGUCAUCACUCGGAGGUCUCUUGGAUACGCAUACAUAAACUUCCAGCAGCCCGCUGAUGCGGAAUGUGCUCUAGAUACGAUGAACUAUGAGGUCCUCAAGGGUCGACCCAUCAGAAUAAUGUGGUCUCAGCGUGACCCUGGGCUACGGAAGUCUGGAGUUGGAAACAUUUUUAUCAAGAACAUGGAUGAGUCAAUUGACAACAAGGCCCUGUAUGACACAUUUUCAGCCUUCGGGAAUAUUCUGUCCUGCAAGGUUGUAUGUGACGAGAAUGGCUCCAAAGGUUACGGAUUUGUUCACUUUGAAACUCAAGAGGCAGCCAAUCGUGCCAUUGACACCAUGAAUGGAAUGCUGUUGAAUGACCGGAAAGUGCUAGAGAAAGGUAGUGACUCUGGCAUGGCAGACCCCAAGGUCCGUUCCCUGGGCGGAAACUGUCAAUUGUCCACAAUUAGUUUUGUUGGCCACUUUAAGUCUAGGAAAGAGCGACAGGCAGAGUUUGGUGCCAAAGCCAUGAAGUUCACCAAUGUGUACAUCAAGAACUUUGGUGAAGACUAUUGUGAUGAGAAACUCAAGGAUGUCUUUUCUGCAUUUGGCAGGACCCUAAGUGUUAGAGUGAUGAUGGACGAAAGGGGACGAUCUCGUGGAUUUGGUUUUGUGAACUAUGAAAACCACGAGGACGCACAAAGGGCAGUUGACGAGAUGAACGGGAAAGAACUUGUUCCUGGCCGGUUCCUGUAUGUGGGUCGCGCUCAGAAGAGGAUGGAGCGACAGGGAGAGCUGAAACGCAAGUUUGAGCUGAUCAAACAGGAACGCAUCCAUCGCAACCAGGGGGUUAAUUUGUACGUCAAGAACUUAGACGAUGGUUUAGAUGACGAGAAACUCAGGAAGGAGUUUGCCCCGUACGGCACCAUAACAAGUGCCAAGGUUAUGACAGAUGGGGGCCACAGCAAGGGCUUCGGCUUUGUCUGUUUCUCAUCCCCUGAGGAGGCCACCAAAGCUGUGACUGAAAUGAACGGACGUAUCGUGUCUACCAAGCCACUGUAUGUGGCUCUAGCCCAGCGCAAGGAGGAGCGCAAGGCCAUCCUGACCAACAAGUACAUGCAGAGGCUGGGCACCGUGAGGACCAUGCCCUGCCCGGUCAUGGACUCAUAUCAGCAGGCCGGCUACUACAUGUCUGCUGUGCCUCAGCCUCCAAGUCGCACCUUCUACAACCCCAACCCUGGAAGCACCAUGCGGACGUCUCCCCGUUGGGUGGCACAGCCAUCCCGACCACAGGCCCCCUACUCCGGACAGUUUGUCAGGCCUGGCGUUCCCCGACGCGCCUCCACCCCCAUCAGCACUGUCCGACAGGCCUCCACCCAGGCUCCGCGCAUUGCCAACUACACUCAGAGGAUGGCUAACAUUGGCACACAGACAGCAGGUGGUCGCGGAGGUGUGUCUGGUACUAUGGUCCGAGGCACCCAGUACAAGUACUCCUCAGGAGUGAGGAACCUGCAGCAUGUCAUCACUUUGCCAACCCAAAUGGCCGUGCCGCAGGUUGUCACCCAGCAGCUGAUGGAGCCAGCGGUUCAUGUCAGAGGUCAGGAACCCCUCACCGCCUCAAUGCUAGCUUCAGCCCCUCUCAUGGAGCAGAAACAACUCCUGGGUGAGCGGCUGUACCCUCUGAUUCAGGGCCUUCACCCCAACCUUGCUGGUAAAAUCACUGGGAUGCUGCUGGAGAUUGACAACUCUGAGCUGCUGCACAUGCUGGAGUCCCCCGAGUCCCUGCACUCUAAGGUGGAGGAGGCGGUGGCUGUGCUGCAAGCCCACCAAGCUAAGGAAAACUCUCCUAAGAAGUAAAGAACCCCUUCAGGGGCUCACAUACUUACAAGCAGCACUGUGUUCCUCAUCAGUAUGUUUUUCCAUGUUUAGCUAUGCACUGCACAACUCUGUAGCUCCUCUCUGUUGCUUGAUUAUUUUGAGGGUUUUGUUGAUGCUGAACCACAGAGAUCUGACAAACAACCGUUAACAACAGAGAAGCCAAGUAGGCUGGCGCUUCAACAAAACACAUCUAUGUUCUUUGGUUCAAGGAGCAAUAAAUGAGCUGAAUGUUUUAUAAGCUUGUGCCAUUUUGGCAUUGAAAAUAAGUAAAAUAAUGAAGAACGGUUUGCCAGCUGCUAGCAAUGUAUUAUUGAAGUAAUUGGCGUACCAAGGCAGACAUCUACAUUUGAUAGAAAUGUUGAUUAAGAUAUAUAUGUAAAAAAAUAUUACCAUGUUGUAUGCACUGAGUCAUGUUCAUUCUACUUUUGUUUAAUAAAAGAGGAAGUAUUGGUAUUUUUGUCGGUUAAACAUGUAUACCAAUUCUUAUUCCUUACUGUGGAUGGAUGCUGUGGAUAUGUAAUUAAAUCCAUUUUUGAUGUGUUGUUACAGAUAAGUGAUUAGGUCAAAUUUACAUUCAAGUGAUUUAGAAGAUGCUCCUAUCCAGCAAGUUCAUACAUUUCCAUAAGUUUUCAUUAAUCCAUUGAAUAUGACAUUGAAAUAGCAGAAAGGACUUUUUUUUUUACUGUAAUUUCCUAGAUUUGUAAGUGUAAUCAGUGUUGAUAAUAGCCUAAUGUCCAACUGGGAUAUUUCUAAUAUGCAAACAAUUUAGCUGUGAGAGUGAUGGGAGUAGUGUCUUGGUCUUUUAUUAUAUCAGACAAAUUCACCUGUAAGAAGACAAUGAAAAUAUAUUGGGUCAUGAUGAAUUUUAAAAUGAAUGUAAUAUGUUACUUUAAUGUUCUGUAUACAGAUCCUUCUGUACUUGAAUAAAGGGA